CGCCGUGUGCCACCAGAACAUCCAGAGCCGGGCGCCCAAGCUGCUGCCCUGCCUGCACUCCUUCUGCCAGCGCUGCCUGCCCGCGCCCCAGCGCUACCUCAUGUUGCCGGCGCCCAUGCUGGGCUCGGCCGAGACCCCGCCGCCCGUCCCCGCCCCCGGCUCGCCGGUCAGCGGCUCCUCGCCUUUCGCCACCCAAGUUGGAGUCAUUCGAUGCCCAGUGUGCAGCCAAGAAUGUGCAGAGAGACAUAUCAUAGAUAAUUUUUUUGUCAAGGAUACUACUGAGGUUCCCAGCAGUACAGUAGAAAAGUCUAAUCAGGUGUGUACAAGCUGUGAAGACAAUGCUGAAGCUAAUGGGUUUUGUGUAGAGUGUGUUGAAUGGCUGUGCAAGACAUGUAUUAGAGCUCAUCAGAGAGUGAAGUUCACAAAAGAUCACACUGUCAGACAGAAAGAGGAAGUAUCUCCAGAGGCAGUGGGUGUGACCAGCCAACGACCAGUGUUUUGCCCUUUUCAUAAAAAGGAGCAAUUGAAGCUUUAUUGUGAGACGUGUGACAAACUGACAUGUCGGGACUGUCAACUGCUAGAGCACAAGGAGCAUAGAUAUCAAUUUAUAGAAGAAGCUUUUCAAAAUCAGAAAGUGAUCAUAGAUACACUAAUCACCAAACUGAUGGAAAAAACAAAAUACAUUAAAUACACAGGAAAUCAGAUCCAAAACAGGUGGUGGUCCAUUCUUCCAACAUCAUUUGUUGAAAAGACUACCCUAUCUCUAUUGAAUUGCCUUGGCACCUUUGUGGAAAAUCAAUUAACCAUAAUAAUUGAAGUAAAUCAAAAUCAAAAGCAGGUGGAACAGGAUAUUAAAGUUGCUAUCUUUACAUUGAUGGUAGAAAUAAAUAAAAAAGGAAAAGCUCUGCUGCAUCAGCUAGAGAGCCUUGCAAAGGAUCAUAGAAUGAAACUUAUGCAACAACAACAGGAAGUAGCUGGACUUUCUAAGCAGUUGGAACAUGUCAUGCAUUUUUCUAAAUGGGCAGUUUCCAGUGGCAGCAGUACAGCAUUACUUUAUAGCAAGCGAUUGAUUACAUACCGGUUACGGCACCUCCUUCGUGCAAGGUGUGAUGCUUCCCCAGUGACCAACAACAUUAUCCAGUUUCACUGUGAUCCUAGCUUCUGGGCCCAAAAUAUUAUCAACUUAGGUUCUUUAGUAAUCGAAGAUAAAGAGAGUCAACCACAAAUGCCUAAGCAGAAUCCUGUCGUGGAACAGAAUUCACAGCCACCAGGUGGUUUAUCUUCAAACCAGUUAUCCAAGUUUCCAACACAGAUCAGCCUAGCUCAAUUACGACUCCAGCAUAUGCAGCAACAGGUAAUGGCUCAGAGGCAACAGGUGCAACGGAGGCCAGCACCUGUGGGUUUACCAAACCCUAGAAUGCAGGGGCCCAUCCAGCAACCUUCCAUCUCUCAUCAGCAACCCCCUCCACGUUUGAUAAACUUUCAGAAUCACAGCCCUAAACCUAAUGGACCAGUUCUUCCCCCUCAUCCUCAACAGCUGAGAUAUCCACCAACCCAGAAUAUCCCACGACCAGCAGUAAAGCCCAACCCCCUGCAGAUGGCUUUCUUGGCUCAACAAGCCAUAAAACAGUGGCAGAUCAGCAGUGGACAGGCCACCCCAUCAACUGCCAGCAGCUCGUCCUCCACUCCCUCCAGCCCUACCAUCACUAGUGCAGCAGGAUACGAUGGAAAGACUUUUGGUUCACCCAUGAUCGAUUUGAGCUCACCAGUGGGAGGUUCUUACAAUCUUCCUUCUCUUCCAGAUAUUGAUUGCUCAAGUACUAUUAUGCUAGACAAUAUGGUGAGGAAAGAAGCUACCAUAGAUCAUGGCCAGCCAAGACCACCCUCAAACAGAACUGUGCAAUCACCAAAUUCAUCAGUGCCAUCUCCAGGCCUUGCAGGACCUGUUACUAUGACUAGCGUCCACCCCCCAAUACGUUCACCUAGUGCCUCCAGCGUUGGGAGCCGAGGAAGCUCUGGCUCUUCCAGCAAACCAGCAGGAGCUGAUUCUACCCACAAAGUCCCAGUGGUCAUGUUGGAGCCAAUCCGAAUAAAACAAGAAAACAGUGGACCACCCGAAAAUUAUGAUUUCCCUGUUGUUAUAGUUAAACAAGAAUCAGAUGAAGAAUCUAGGCCUCAAAAUACGAACUAUCCAAGAAGCAUACUUACUUCCCUACUCUUAAAUAGCAGUCAGAACUCUGCUUCUGAGGAAACUGUGUUAAGAUCCGAUGCCCCUGAUAGCACAGGAGAUCAGCCUGGACUCCACCAGGAAAGUUCCUCAAAUGGAAAGUCCGAGUGGUCAGAUGCCUCCCAGAAGUCUCCUCUUCAUGUUGGAGAGACGAGGAAGGAGGAUGACCCCAAUGAGGACUGGUGUGCAGUUUGUCAAAACGGAGGGGAACUUCUGUGUUGUGAGAAGUGUCCCAAAGUCUUCCAUCUUUCUUGUCAUGUGCCCACAUUGACAAACUUUCCAAGUGGAGAGUGGAUUUGUACUUUCUGCCGAGACUUAUCUAAGCCAGAAGUUGAAUAUGAUUGUGAUGCUCCCAGUCACAACUCAGAAAAAAGGAAAACCGAAGGCCUUGUUAAAUUAACACCAAUAGAUAAAAGGAAGUGUGAACGCCUCCUUUUAUUUCUUUACUGUCAUGAAAUGAGCCUGGCUUUUCAAGACCCUGUUCCUCUAACUGUGCCUGAUUAUUACAAAAUAAUUAAAAAUCCAAUGGACUUGUCAACUAUCAAGAAAAGACUACAAGAAGAUUAUUUCAUGUACACAAAACCUGAAGAUUUUGUAGCUGAUUUUAGACUGAUCUUUCAAAACUGUGCUGAAUUCAAUGAGCCUGACUCAGAAGUAGCCAAUGCUGGCAUAAAACUUGAAAGCUAUUUUGAAGAACUUCUAAAGAACCUUUAUCCAGAAAAAAGGUUUCCUAAGCUAGAAUUCAGGAAUGAAUCAGAAGAUAAUAAAUUUAGUGAUGAUUCAGAUGAUGACUUUGUACAGCCCCGGAAGAAACGCCUCAAAAGCAUCGAGGAACGCCAAUUGCUUAAAUAAACAGCACCAUUGGCAUAUGCUUGUUUUUAGAUUUUUUGUUUGUUUUCAAAAAAAAAAAAUUUUUUUUCAGUAAUUUAACAUCGAUACAAAGAAGAGUUUGUGAGCUCUCUGAUCUGUUUUAGACGUUUUACUAGACUUUGAUUUCCUUAAUAACCCAUUUCUUUUAACCUCUUAUUAAAAAAGAAGGAAAAAGAAAAGAAGGAAAUGAAUGGGAAAAAGAAAAUGAAAGAAAGGAGGGGAGAUAGAAAGUAUGGUGGAAGAAAAGGAAGAAAGUAAGAAGCAUCAACAAUAAAAUAAAGGGACAUUCUUCUCCUUGGAUUUUAAAACCACAAUCUGGAGCAAUAGCUACUAUAGAAGGGAAAUCGACUUUGUAUGAACUCUGUUAAAAUUUUAAUGUGGUUUGAAUGUGUGCGUUAAUCUGUUUUUAGAAAUUAAUGCCCACUACUCAUUGAUUAUGGCCCAACCAUAAGAGCUAGGUUUAUUGUACUUAACAGCAAUGCUCCCCAAACAUGAGUGGUAAGGAGUUCUUUCCCAGGAUGCCAACUGGUGCAAUGAAAGGGUAGAUUAGAUGCUAUUACAAAGGCACCUAAUGGUAUAUCUUGUAAGAUGGCAACUGUAUUAAAGAAAAAACAGGAAAACAAAUGUUUGGUUUUUGUUUUUAUCUUUAUCUUGCCUGUAGAGGUGUUUGGUAUAGCAGGUAUUCAAGACCAUUUAUAUUUCUAGAUCUAGGUUUUCUUUAGCUUUCUCCUCCCCUAAAGGAAGUAAGUGUGCACAUGUUUGGUUUCGCUGUGUGUCUAUGUGGUUGGUUUGUUUUUUUAAGUGUGUAGAUAUCCUUUUAUAACAAUCCUCAUUGUUUUCAAUAUGGCUUUUAGUGGAACUAUCCGAAAUAUAAAAUAUGGCUGGGCACACCAUGUUUGAUUUGAGGUUUCUUCAACAUAUGUCUUCUCAGACCCUAAAAAUAAGUUCCCCUGAAAGGAACUAGUUGUUAUGGUUUUCUUGGGUCUUUAUAAUGAAAAUGUGUUGUAGGAUUUGAGAGCAGGUAUUUGGAGGAAAUUAGAAUGAAAAAAAAAAUUUUUAUGCAUCUAUUUACUGUUUUUGUUUGUUUUAAGAAUCAGAGCCCCAAAUUUUAUCCUUGAUCUGAUUUAAUAAGAAUUUCUUUUUCAUUCUGAUCAAGACACAAAAGAUCUAUCUUCUGAGGAGAAGCAUGUUGUUAACAGGCCAGCCCAGCUAGUUUAACAUCCAUUUAUUCAUUACAUGUUCAGUGUUUUUUUAGAGCCAGAUAAACUGUCAAAGAAUCUAAUCCAGCAUUUGACUAAAUACACAUGAAUAUUUUUAGUUUGCCAAAGUAAACCUUUAUAAAUAAGACAUUACAAUUAACAUCUGGAGGAAAUGUUACUUUUUUAGGAGGACAGAAAAACUUGAAUUCUCUGGUUAUAUUGCCUCCCAUGAAUUAAGCAUAGAGCAUUUGGUUUUAUCCACAUGACAUUACUUUCCGAAAUGGACAAUUUGAAAAUAUUCUGUGGAUAAUUCAUUGAGUUUUCAGGUAUUGCUAAAAGACAAAAUAUAAGGAGAAAAUAGCUAUUAGCAAUAGUUUCCCAUUUUCUACAUAUAGACUUAGGUCUUAUCCAUAAUAUAUCAAUAAUGUAUUGUUAAAGUUUUAAUCACUUUUUCCAAAUAUGUGCUAUAUGGUGAUGUUUGUUAUUGUGUUGUUUUGAAUAUGCAUUUGAUAUUUGUUCUCCUAAGAGUAUCUGAACAAAUUUUGAUAAUACAUAGACUUUUUUGUCUGUUUUUACUCCAGUAUUUUUAGCCCAGCAACUGUAGAGUUUUUUGCUAACACGUUUAUUAUUGGUAUCUUAGAAUACUGCUCUUCUGGUAGUUUGUUCUCCCACACUUGUCUUACAUGUCUCCUUAGUUAAAACAGAGCAAUACAGGUAAAUUGUUUCACGAAUUAUCACUAAGAGAGGUAGGGCUUAAGAGAGAAAAAAUAUAAUUCCCUAAAUUUAUCUGAGCCAGAAUUUCUACUGAUGUACCCCAGACUGUCAUAAUAUUCAGUGCCAUAUGAACUUUUUAAAACAGUAUUUCUUUUUCACUGUUACCAUCUUUUGCUGAAUGAAAAGCAGAUGAGAACCAUCUUUCCUGUAAUCAUACAUAAUAAUAUAAAUUAUAUUAAAAGCAAA